UUCAUGCACCUCGGCACUCCUCUCUCGCCGCAUCAGCGACCAACAUGAAUCGUUUACUUCUCACCGUCGCGAUCGUGUCCUUCGUGGUCACCGUCGCCACUGCUGGCGGAGGUGGAUUUGGCGGUGGACACGGAGGUGGAUUUGGCGGUGGACACGGAGGUGGAUUUAGCGGUGGAUUUGGAGGAUCCGGAGGCUACGGCGGAAGAGGAAGAGGAGGCGGUAGCUUUGGCGGAGGACACGGACGAGGAUUUGGCGGUGGCGGAUUCGGAGGGUCUGGAGGCUACGGCGGCAGUGGAGGUGGAUUUACCAGUGGACACGGAGCUGGAUUCGGCGGAGGACGCGGCGGUGGAUUUGGAGGAGGUUAUGGCAGCAGAGGAUUCGGAGGAGGUGGUUUUGGAGGAGGCCAUGGAAGCUUUGGCGGAGGCUUCGGUGGCGGUCGUGGAGGCGGCUUUGGAGGAGGGUAUGGCAAGUAGUCUUUCUCAAAGUCUUCUCGUCGGCUUCUUUUCUAUAUUUCGUGAAUGCCGAUCUAUUUUCGUAUUAAAAUUUUACCAAACA